GGAAUCAAGGCGACUGAAACUGAUAGAAAAUUAACCAUCGAGAAUCGGAAGAGGAAGCACAGCGAGGCAGAGAAAUGGCGUCGGUGGUGCGAGGGGUUCUGAAGUCGAUCAAAGACAAAGGGAUCGGCAAUUUCUGGAGAGAGCUGAAGGAAGAAGGCUACUUGAAAUGCCUUGGCGAUGGAAACCUAUUGCAAACCAAAAUCCAUAACAUUGGUGCAACACUUGUGGGUAUUGAUAAAUUUGGUAAUAAAUAUUACCAGAGGGUUGAUGAACAGACUCAAUAUGGAAGACACAGGUGGGUUGAAUAUGCAGAAAAGGGUCGAUAUAAUGCUUCUCAGGUACCACCCGAAUGGCAUGGUUGGCUCCACCAUGUAACUGAUCACACAGGAGACGAGCUUCUGAUGUUGAAACCUAGUAGAUAUGGAAUAGAGCACAGGGAGAAUUUCUCUGGGGAAGGUGACGAAUUUAUCUACCACUCCAAGGGACAUGCCCUUAAUCCUGGACAGAGAGAUUGGACUCGAUACCAGUCGUGGCAACCAACCAAGUCCAAGUAAUUUGUCUUUCUCCCCUUCUCCUCCUUGGGAUAUUUGGUUGUCUUGUUUCUGAAUAAGCCACUUGUUACCUACGCAACCUCUGAGUUCUUUUCAAUAUGUUCACUACAUAACACACAUGACGAGGAAUUUUCUGCAUCAGUUUCUGAUUUUCAAAUUUUAGCAAAUUCAUUGUUGCGGCCAUCUCUGCCAAUCUCUUUUCUUCAA